AUGCACGUGAAGCUCACCGCGCUCUUUGUGGCGUCCGUCACCGCCGUGUCGAACACGACCGACCACGGCUUUGAGGCUGGAUUCGAAAUCCUCACGUGCAAUUCCACCGACUGCUCGACCGAAUGCACGACUCGGGAGACCAUCUCCACGGGAGAGUGCCUCGCCGAUCCUCAGGAUUCAGAUCUGCCUUUGGCGGUCAGUAUCCCUCAAACGGCGGCCUCGUUGAUGUUGACCUGUGACGGUGACACCUUGACCGUGACCUCCUACACCACUUGGGACUGCUCCGACAGCGGCACCGAGCUUCCAUGGAACUUGUUGGAGACGUGCCUCUCCGUGGGAGGCAUUCUCGACGACCUUUCUGGAGACGUCGAUUUGGGUCUACCGGGGUCUAUGGGUUUCCUCUGCAAGACACCCGCCGCCACGGUGGUCACCUCCUUCACGCUCGCCGGCGCGGUCGAAGACUUUAACGGCGAGCCGGAGCGGGCGGCGAUCAAGGCGGUGCUCGCCGCGGGCGCGGGCGUCUCGCCGUCGGCGGUCUCCCUGACGUUCUCGCCUGGCUCCGUGGUGGUCUCGGCAAAGAUCCUCUUCAAGGUGUCGGCGGCCGCGGACGCGGCGGUGAUCGCGCUCUCGGACGGCAUCCUUGCUGAUGCGACGAAACUCCAAGAGGCUCUCAACGAUCAGUUCGCGGAAGAUGGCAUCGAUACCGACGUCACGGUCUCUCGGCUCGAGCCACCCAAGGUGGAGUCCGACGACGACGACGGCGGUAUUUGCAUCUUGUGCCUCAUUGCCCUGAGCUUCGGCAUCGUCGUCGGCGUCUUGGCCCUCAUUGCCCUGAGCGUGCUCCUCUUCCUGUGGCUUACGGGCGCCGCCUGCUUCAAGAAGGCGGAUGGGGGGUACCCCACCGGAAAGCCAGGGGUCGCCGGUGCCGGCGAGGCCGCCUAA